UUCAUGCCAAGGACACUUGCAUCCAAUCAAGAACUUUUUGAAAAAGCCCAGGCAAAUUUGAAGAAGCUUGUUGAAGAGCAGGAUGUUGACGUCAAACUGCAGAUAUAUGCACUUUUUAAGCAGGCAACCAUUGGGGAUGUUCAGGGAAGUCGACCAGGAAUGAUGGAUUUUGCAGGUAGAGCAAAAUAUGACGCAUGGGCUAAGGUUAAAGGAAUCUCGAAGGACGAAGCACAAUUGAAAUAUGCAAGCCUAGUUGAUUCCUUGCUAGGUGAGCAGCAACCUGUGGCGACAUCAGCCAGUGAAACUCCGAUAGGUUUGAAGGCCGUUAAUGGACUAGAUGUAUCGGUGGAAGGAAAAGCCUUUAAAAUUCGUCUUAAUCGUCCGAAGAAGUUCAAUGCUCUUACUCUGGACAUGUACAUUGGUAUUAUAGAAGCCUUGGAAGCUUCAAACAAAGACAAGUCAACCGCUGUUACGGUCAUAACAGGUACUGGAGAUUAUUUCUGCUCUGGGAAUGACCUCAGUAACUUUGCGAAAGCCGCAUCGGCCAGUAAAGAAGAGAUUAAAGAAAUGGCUGAAACGGCAGCUAAUAUACUAAGACGGUAUAUCCAGGCUUAUAUUGACCAUGAGAAACCUCUUCUCUGCUUGAUUAAUGGUCCAGCGGUUGGAAUCGCUGUCACCGUCCUUCCUCUUUUUGAAUAUGUUCUCGCGACGGAUAAGUGUACAUUCCACACUCCAUUCUCAACUUUGGGCCAGUCUCCUGAAGGAGUUUCGUCCUAUACGUUCCCAAUCCUUAUGGGUCAGCUGAAAGCGGCAGAGGUGUGUAUUUUGAAACUUUCGGCGCAAGAAGCAUUCGACAGAGGACUUGUAAAUGAGGUUAUACCCCACCAUGAGUUCGAAACAAGAGCUGCUACUGUCGUGAAGCAACAUUCAUCUCUUCCACCAGAGAGCCUUCGUGUUAACAAAAUGCUUCUGCGAUCGUUUCACAAAGAAAUGCUUACAAAAGUGAACGAAGCUGAGUGCAAAACUAUCUGUGAACGUUGGCAGUCGAAGGAAUGCGCGUCUGCUAUCGCGCACUUUCUUAGUCGCUCGAAGCUGUAG